CGCAAUCGAUGAAAAAAUACUAAGCUAGUUGAUCAUUUUAUAAAAAAAUACUCAUUACACUAAUGCGAAAAAGCUUGAACAAAAGGAAUAAUUAAAUUAUAAGAAUGAUAGAUAAUUAAGGAAAAAGAAUGAAAAAAAUCGUCUCAACUGGUUUGAAACAAACUGGAGAUACUGAAGAACACGUUAUUUGAAACGAGAAAAGAUAAGGGAGCACCGGGUGAUGCUGGGUAAACUGGAAACAGCUGUGCUGAUAGAUCUCGAUUAUUACUUUUUCUGCGAUAGCUCGUUGACGCAUUAUCAGGCAAGUAGCGAGGAGCAACGAACUCUGCGUGCGCAAAAUAAAUGAAGUGCCCAAUUUCAAGCUUUCCACAUCAUGUUCUGUCAAGCUGCACUUCGUGCAUGUCCAACGUGGCUUGAAAAUAGACUCACGUCUAUAUACUUCAGGGGUAUCUGUCUUACCAAAGAGCAUUUCUUCCAACGGAUUUGGUAGAUCACAUAGUCUCAGCACAGUAGUAGAUCAUCCCAACAUGAAGGUGCAAAUACUACCGGCGCUUCAAGAUAAUUACAUGUACUUGAUUAUCGACGAAACAACGCAGGAAGCUGCUAUUGUAGACCCCGUUGAUCCAGACGCCGUAACUACAGCUGUCAAACAACACAAUGUCAAGCUAACGAAAGUCCUGACCACUCAUCACCAUUGGGAUCAUGCUGGUGGAAAUGGAAAAUUAUUGAAGAGCUUCACCGGCCUGCCCGUGUAUGGCGGCGAUGACAGAAUAGAAGCCAUUAAUCACAAAAUCACGCACAACGAUGUGUUAAACAUCGGCAAUUUGUCGGUUAAAUGUCUGGCAACGCCUUGCCAUACACGUGGACACAUCUGUUACUACGUUACAGGGGAGGAACAGCCACCAUCUGUAUUUACGGGAGACACGCUUUUUGCUGGAGGCUGUGGAAGAUUCUUCGAGGGUACUGCCGACCAGAUGUACAAGGCGCUCGUUGAAGUCUUAGGCUCCUUACCUGAAGAGACGAACGUGUACUGCGGACACGAAUACACAGCUAACAAUCUCAAGUUUGGCCUGCACGUGGAGCCUGAAAAUCAGGCGAUUCGAGAAAAGUUGGACUGGGCGCACACUCAGCGGGCCAACAGUCUGCCGACCGUGCCCAGCACCAUCAAAGACGAGAAACUGACGAACCCGUUUAUGAGGGUGCACGAGACAUCCGUAAUGCAACACGCGCAACAGAACGAUCCCGUUCAAACGAUGUCGUAUUUGAGACGUGAAAAGGACAAUUUUAAAGCUUAAUUGAACGAUAACAGAAAAAUGUUUUUCUGCUCAUUGAAUAUCUACGUUAAGCUAAUGUAAAUUAAAAAUGGGGAAAGCAAGUGCUUUUUUAAAUGAUCUCGAGUAUCUUUCAUGCGAGUGCUGAAUUUACUAAAAUAAAAUUUUAUUAUUUUUAAAUAAGUGUAAAUGCAGUGCACUCGUCUUAGAUUAGCCUUUGUACAAUGGGACACAAAAGGUGUAUGAUUCAGAUUGAUAUUUUGUUAUGGUGUGUAAACAUUAUCAUGUAAUAUGUUUCAAUUAAAACAGCUGGGUUUCCGUUGA